UUAAUCUUGUAUCUUAUAUCAUCAUCAAAGGAACCCAACAUAAUAUUCGUUUUGUUUGACACAGCUUUGUGAUUUUGGCUUUGCACGUGCUAUGUCCACGAAUACUGUUGUUCUUAGAUCCAUAAAAGGGACUCCUUUAUACAUGGCUCCAGAGUUGGUACGGGAACAACCUUACAAUCACACUGCUGAUUUAUGGUCUCUUGGAGUCAUUUUGUAUGAACUAUUUGUUGGCCAACCUCCAUUUUAUACAAAUUCUGUUUAUGCACUCAUCCGGCACAUCAUUAAGGAUCCAGUGAAAUAUCCCGACAAUAUGAGUUUGAAUUUCAAAAGCUUCCUAAGAGGUUUGCUUAAUAAGGAACCACAUAAUAGACUGACUUGGCCUGCUCUACUGGUACACCCAUUUGUUAAAGAAACUUCAGAAGAACUGGAACCCAGGGAGAUUUGUGCUACGACUGCUGCAGCUAGGGGAUGUAAUGCAGCUUGGAGGGGUGAAGGAAACAUUUAUUUGCCAGUUGGAUUGGCUGGUGCAAGUCCUGAUAGUAAAAAUCAAUCUCCUGUUGCUAUGGAAAACGGUAGUGUUCGAAGCCAUCGGAGUGAUGCCCAAUCAAAUAGUCCUAACAUAAUGAUGGAUAAUUCUUCACCGAGGGAGGAGUUCCCUGGAUUUACGGUUCCCACUGAUGCUGAGCAGUCAGGUUGCCAGGCCUUGGAUAGGUUGGAAAACAAUUCUCGCACAGUCAAGGGUGCUAAAUUAAUUGGUCUAGACAAUGAAGCAUUAUCUGUUAUUUUGCUACCUUUAAAGAACUGGUGCAAAGGAGAGCAAAAUUCUUGCAGGGAUCAAGAUAUUCUUAGUUCAAACCAGUCACUGAGAAUCCUUUUGAACUUAGUUGCAGCUGGAGCUCUCAAUUCUUCUGGAGUACUAGAUGAAAUAAUACAUGAACUGCUUGGGUUUACUGCUAACAUACUGAAUCUAAAAUCCCCUGAUGUUAAUGAUAUAAUUGCAAAGAGCUUCUCAAUCAUAAAAAAGCUAGUUGAUAAUUCUGGGGUUGUGAUUGGCAGUUCAUAUCUUACACAUUGGGUUGCUUCUGUACAAUUGUAUUCACAGGUUGUUGGUUGCACUAAUGAUGCAUCUGGAAAAGUUCUAAAUGAGUCCACUGCAUGCAUUGCCGUCGUGUUAUCUAGAGUAGCUCAGGGUCUAAAAGCAUCUAGAGCGACGUUGGCUACUGAGGUGGAUUCUGCUCCUCCUACAAUGGUUAAUAUUCUUAAACUGGUUUUGGACCAUGCUAAAGUAUCAGGUGUAGCAGAUCUUUUAUGUCUGUGCUUAGCAACUUCAGGCUCAAGUCUCAUAUUGGGCUCUACACAUUUGUUGCGUGCUGCUUGUGAAGCUUGUAGGGCUAUCUGGUCACUGAUAAAUGCAUUUGAAAUUCUUUCUGUAAAAGAAAAUGCUUAUUUAUUCCCACUAAAUGCUUUGAGAAGCCGUUCAUUACUCCGACUUGACAUUAGGGAACAUGACCAAGGUUCAUUGGUCGGAACAGAGUCAUCAAAAAUUGUUGAUGCAGUGACAAAAGCAUUUCUCAGGUCCAAAGCCACGCAGGUUGCUAUUUACUACUGUCUUCGUCAACGUCUUGAGGCUGCCCUGUCAGCUGCUAUCCAGAUUAUGUUGAGGUGUUGCCUGCACAGUGGAAUUGUUUCAAGCGUUCUCUGUGGACUAUCAAAUUCUCAACCCACAGUUGUCAAUGGUGGAGGGGAUGGUACAAUUAUUUCAGAGAUUUUCACCAUAUUAGCUUUGUGUGCUUCAUCUUCAAAUAAGGAUCCCCAAACAGAAGCUGGCAAUGUCAAAUGCAAAAUAGCCAAUCCACGUGUCCUAGUUUUGAACUCAUGUCUUAUCCUUGCCACCGUUGCACAGUGUUUGAAGACAACUGGAAGGAAUUCUGCACUUUUUAUGCUUACAACAUCUUCAAAAAAGCAGCUUUCUCGACAUUCUGUUCUUGCCCAUCAUUUUUCUUCUGAUGAUAGGACGAAGACUUCUUUUCAGCUUCAUUGUGCAUCUGCUAUGCUGGCUUUUGCAUCUAUUCUAUCCCUCGAAAGUGGAGUUCCGUGUGAGUCUUCCAUAUCUGAAAUAGCUGUGCCUUUGAUCCCGCGAACUGCCACACUUUGUGACUACCUUAAGAUUCCACCAGUUGGUGAAAAUGGAGAGCCUUCUAUGCAGAAUGGUAUGCUCUCUCACUGGCAUGGUCUUAGGGAUGGGUGUGUUGGCUUAUUGGAAUCUAGACUGAAGUGGGGAGGAGCAUUAGCUGUUCAACAGUUGUGUGCAAGUGGUAUCCCUCAGCUUCUGAUUGAUUUGUUGGGUAAGAGUCAUUCAGAUGCUUCUUCCCAAGGAAUUGACUAUACAAACGAUCAUGUUGGUCUAUCACCGGUUGGGGUUUUGUGGGCGGUUUCUUCAAUAUGUCAAUGUCUUUCAGGUGGAGUGUCAACUUUUCGUCAGAUUUUGGUUAGGAGUGAGCACAUCAGGUUCAUCACUGAUUUGAUAUCUGAUGCACAUCUCAAGCUUGUAAGAUGUUGGAGUGGACCUGGUGGGGGGAAGGAUGGGAUCAGAGAUCUAAUAAAUGCCGUGGUUGAUCUCCUAGCAUUUCCUUUUGUUGCAGUACAGAAUGCCCCAGGCUUGCCAUCUGCCACUGCUUCAGUGAAUAGUGGGUUCCUUCUGAACAUGGGUUCACCUGGUGGGAAAGUUUGCAUGGAUGACAAGGACAUGGUAAAAGCAAUUGAGACAAACAUGGCAAAAUAUAUACAGAUCCUUCAGGAGGUAGGAGUCCCUGCCAUUAUUCUUCGGUGCUUGGAACAUAUGGAGUUAAAAGAUGUUGCAAGACCUGUUGCAUUUCUUGCUAAAAUGAUAAGCCAUCGGCCUCUUGCAGUACAACUUUUGGGCAAAGGUUUGUUGGAUCCUGGCAGAGUGAGAAGGUUGCUUGGUGGUUCAUGUCCAAGAGAGGUUAUGAUGGAUGUUCUAAUGAUAGUCUCAGAUCUGGCUCGUAUGGAUAAGGUCAAGUUCUAACUCUUUCCAAUUGAUUCCGAGAAAAUGACUGGCAUUCUUUAUCGUAUGUUUGUUGUGUUAGUUUACUUUUGCUCCCAGCAUAACACUGUGUGUAUGUGGAAUGGCUUCAAUUGACCGUAUCAUUUAAUAAAGUAGGCCUUUUGCCUCUUGAAGUGUUGCUCAAGGGGACACCUUGGCAAUGCCUAACUUGUUAUUGAUUUUUUUCCUUUCCUCAGCCUUUAAUAUCUAUUCACACUUUUAUCUUAGUUUAAGAGUGUUACACGGUCUUGGAUAGAACUCAACCCUAAAAGCUAGCUAUUGAGGUGAUGGUGCCCUCAUGUUUUUAUAUUGCAUAUUACUUUAGUAGCCAAGCAAUGUGGGACUUCUUCAUACCUUCCCUCAUGCCCAACGUAAUCACUUGGCAGCACCUGCA